GAUAAACAAUAUUCCAAAAAAAUAGAAACUUUUAACCAAUCAGCAGGCUACGCUUUUCCUGACGCCGCCAACAAAAAAAAAGGGACUCACAAUAAUUAUCGAUUUUGCGCCCAUGUGAAAACGGUUGAAAAGCGUCUGCACCUCAUAGGAAAAGUAUUUUUUUAUACCCAACUUGUCCAAGUCCGGAAAAUGGCAGCCAAGCGGAAUGCGGUGACCACGGAAGCUCCGGAAUUGUCGGCGCCCGGCGAAGGCACCUCCCUCACCCUCGACUCCCGCCUCUCGAAAACCGUGGAAAGCGUUUUCCCCAAGAAGCGCCAUGAGUCCCUGAAGUGGUUUGGAUGGGGCUACAACGACUCGCAGUUCUAUGGUCAGGAUGGCGUCAUCUGUUUUCGCGGUGAUAGAUAUCCCCUCGGUAACUGUGAACUGCCCAGUUUCACCAAGUGGGUGGAGAAAAAGUUCGAUAUGGUGGUGGAUCCCUCCAAGCCGUAUCCCCAGUUGCCGCGAUCGUAUCCCCGACCCGUGGAGAACCAACCCUUCCUGCACGAACUGAAGGGCACCACGCAGGUGGAUCACUCGCUGGAGGGGGUCGAUCGGUUGGUGCGGUGUCAUGGCCAGACCCUCAACGAUAUCUACAGUCUGUGGCACCACAAAUUCCGUCGGAUUCCGGAUUUGGUGGUCUGGCCUCGCUGCCACGACGAAGUUGUUCAGCUGGUGCGUCUGGCCCACAAGCACGAUGUGAUGUUGGUGCCUUUUGGUGGGGGAACGAGUGUGUCGGGAGCCAUCACCUGUCCUCAGAACGAAAGUCGGAUGAUCUGCGCCUUGGAUACCUCCCAGAUGAAUCGACUCCUAUGGCUAAACCGGGAGAAUCUGACCGUAUGCUUUGAAUCCGGCAUUGUGGGUCAGGAUCUGGAGAGGGUGCUGAAGAAAGAAGGAUUGACAGUGGGUCACGAACCCGAUUCCUAUGAAUUUAGCACUUUGGGAGGCUGGGUGGCCACGCGUGCCUCCGGCAUGAAGAAGAACGUCUAUGGCAACAUCGAAGAUCUGGUGGUGCGUCUGAGGAUGGUCACUCCAUCGGGAACUCUGGAACGGGAGUGCAGUGCACCGCGUGUGAGUUGUGGACCUGACUUCAACCACCUCAUCCUGGGAUCCGAAGGCACUCUGGGCGUGAUCACCGAAGUUGUGCUCAAAGUACGUCCCUUGCCAACGGUGAGGCGUUAUGGAUCCCUGGCCUUCCCCAACUUCGAGCAGGGCGUGCUCUUCAUGCGGGAAGUGGCCCGGCGAAGAUGCCAACCCGCCUCCGUUCGGCUGAUGGACAACGAGCAGUUCAUGUUCGGUCAGGCCUUGAAGCCGGAGAAGUCCUUUUGGGACAGUCUGGUGGAUGGUCUGAAGCAGCGCUACGUUACCUCCUGGAAGGGCAUCGAUCUCAACCAGAUCUGCGCCGCCACCUUGCUGUUCGAGGGCGAUUUGAAGGAUGUGCAGCGCCAGGAGGCUCUCAUCUACGAGAUCGCCGACAAGUUCCAAGGAUUUCCGGCGGGCGGACAAAAUGGGGAACGCGGCUAUAUACUCACAUUUGUAAUUGCGUACAUUAGGGAUUUUGGCUUGCAUCAGGGAAUUGUGGCGGAGUCCUUUGAGACAUCGGUGCCCUGGGAUCGCUGUAGUCUGCUCUGCCGCUCCGUCAAACAGCGUGUGGUUUCUGAGUGCCACAAACGUGGCAUUAGCUAUUACACCAUUUCGUGUAGAGUUACCCAAACAUACGACGCAGGUGCCUGUAUCUACUUCUACUUUGGAUUCCGCUGCAUAGACGUAUCUAAUCCCGUCGAGCUGUUCGAGGCCAUUGAGCACAGUGCUCGGGAUGAGAUCCUGUCCUGCGGGGGAUCACUGUCCCAUCACCAUGGCGUGGGCAAGAUCCGAAGCCAUUGGUAUAAGAACGCCGUCACCGAAACGGGCAGUUCACUGUACACGGCAGCCAAACAACAUCUCGAUCCGAAGAAUAUCUUUGCUCUGGGUAACCUCCUGCCACUGGAGGAGAUCAAUCCAAAGGUUGAGGACCCACCAUCGUCACCACCAAAAGCCAAACUGUAAAGGGUAGCCCAUUUUGUAUGGGCACUUAGUUCAUUCACUAGUCUUAGUCACUUUAAUGAUUUCCUAGUCGCUCUUUUGGGGGUUCUAUACCAAACUGUUCUUUCGUAGCGGGCUCAUGUUUUCUAUGGGUUUUGAUAAAUAAAUGGAAUAUUUCUAA